AAUCUUUUUCAGUGGAAGAAAAAGCCGGAACGGUAGAAAGUGUUUUGACACCAGAGGAUGCCGAUAUUGCUUUUCAAACAGCAUCCGAGUCCAUGUGUCGACUUAAUCUUGAUGCUGCCAGGUUGAUGCAUAAGUUGGGUACCAGCUGGCCUACGUAACUCCGCUUUGCUGGUUCGUGAUGAGAUGGUCUUUGCUGUAGUAUGGUGCGCACUCGGCAACGGAUGUGACGGGCUUCGGAAUUGUUGCCCACGCGCGCAAUCAAGCCAAAUCACAGCGAGAAGAUGUAUCCUUUGAGCUACACACGCUUCCAAUUAUCAAAAAUAUGGCUAAAGUAAACGAGGCGAUUCGAAACACUUUUAGGUUGCUGGAAGGUUUUGCGGCCGAAACUUCGGGUGACUUGCUGCUUUGUCUGCCUGCAGAGAACGCCAAUGCUUUCAUCAGCGAGCUUCUAGAGCUAGACAGCAAACCUGCUUGGGUGGUUGGACGUGUUGUUGUUAGUUCAAAGGACGCGUAUAUUUUGCCAAACCCAGCAUGUCGACAUUUUAGAUUAAAUGGUAUUCUGCACAGCGAGAAUUGUCCAUUAAUUUCCUUUUUCUGAGUCAAAGUCGACAAUAAAAUUGGGAUGGAAAAAAGGCUGGAAUGUGCACUUAUUUGGAUGUAACACGCAUUGGAUUUGUUUCAAGACAUCAAGCCCACAUAUUUGUUGACAAAGCAUUACAAUUCUCUUCGACUGAGCAUUAUUUGACCGUCAAACUGUUUGUCUUCCUUACAUUCUUGAUCAAGUGUAAAAUGUCAAAAGUUGAAAUGUCUUGUAAAACUCAUGAUCACGCAAUAUUCUAUGAAUUAAAG